AUGAAGUCCGUGCUGUUCACCCGCUUCUUCAUCCUCCUGCCCUGGAUCCUAAUUGUCAUCAUCAUGCUCGACGUGGACACUCGCAAGCCGGCGCCACCCCUCACCCCGCGCCCCUACUUCUCUCCCUACGCGGUGGGCCGCGGGGGUGCCCGACUCCCGCUCCGCAGGGGCGGCCCGGCUCACGGGACCCAAAAGCGCAACCAAUCUCGGCCGCAGCCUCAGCCGGAGCCGCAGCUGCCCACCAUCUAUGCCAUCACGCCCACCUACAGCCGCCCGGUGCAGAAAGCGGAGCUGACCCGCCUGGCCAACACGUUCCGCCAGGUGGCGCAGCUGCACUGGAUCCUGGUGGAGGACGCGGCGGCGCGCAGCGAGCUGGUGAGCCGCUUCCUGGCGCGGGCCGGGCUGCCCAGCACGCACCUACACGUGCCCACGCCGCGGCGCUAUAAGCGGCCCGGGCUGCCGCGCGCCACUGAGCAGCGCAACGCGGGCCUCGCCUGGCUGCGCCAGAGGCACCAGCACCAGCGCGCGCAGCCCGGCGUGCUCUUCUUCGCCGACGACGACAACACCUAUAGUCUGGAGCUCUUCCAGGAGAUGCGAACCACUCGUAAGGUCUCCGUCUGGCCUGUGGGCCUGGUUGGUGGGCGGCGCUACGAACGUCCACUGGUGGAAAAUGGCAAAGUUGUUGGCUGGUACACUGGCUGGAGAGCAGACAGGCCUUUUGCCAUCGACAUGGCAGGAUUUGCUGUAAGUCUUCAAGUCAUUUUGUCCAAUCCAAAAGCUGUAUUUAAGCGUCGUGGAUCCCAGCCAGGGAUGCAAGAAUCUGACUUUCUCAAACAGAUAACAACAGUCGAAGAACUGGAACCGAAAGCAAAUAACUGCACUAAGGUUCUCGUGUGGCACACUCGGACGGAGAAGGUUAAUCUAGCCAACGAGCCAAAGUACCGCCUGGACACAGUGAAAAUUGAGGUAUAAAUUGAAGCAGCAACUGGUGCAGUUUGCCCAGCCAGUGGGUCCAUAUGGAAGAGGAUGUUUGGAGUUUAGGCUGCAGAACAUUCAGGUAUUGUUUUACUUCAGUACAAUAGCCUUUCUUGUCAUCUGAUGGACAUCUGUUUGUUUAAAUGGAGCUUGUCAGUUAACAUAAGCUAAUUGGAUGGUACAAAAUGUACGUUUUGUCUUCAUUUGUUCUGCAUGUUUUCCCUACAACUAAAUUGGAAGAUUUUUGUACAGUGCCGAUACUGCAAGAUACCACUCUGAGUAUGUAUUUUUUCUUUUUCUCCAGUUUGCCCUUAUAAUUGGCAGACCUGAACAGGUUUUUAAAACAGACAAGUAUUUUGUCAGCUAAACAUUCCUGAUUCCUGACUUUGCAACACUAAGUAAUUUUUGGAAGGUUACUGGCAGUAUACAUCAUAGGAAAUAAAAAACCCACAAAUGAAAAGGUCUCUGGAUUCAUCUGUUUAAUAUAGGGAAAUAACAUUUUGUCAAUACUAGGCACCAUAAAAUGUAAACACAAUUACUGUCAUAAACCUGGAUAUACCUUCAAGGAUUGAAAGUAGCUUUGUUUUAGUUACCCUGUUUGCAUAUAGUGCAGAAAAAGGUCUUCAUGUUAGCACUAUGUACAUUGAGAAGAGAUCCAAAUUACAAGAGAGGCAGAUAAAAUUUGAAUUAUUUAAACAUUCAUUAACUAAGUUUUGGAGUAA